CCCCCUUCUGCCACCCUAGACUUUUGACCAAUCACCGAUCAGGAUGAAUUGCACUACUGUACUGUCCGUAGCGCACCGCGAAUAUAAGUUUUCAAAAUGUAUCUUGGGUGUUUCAAACCUUUAAAAAUACAACGUAUCAAGCAUUUUUUUCUCCGGGUUAAAUUAUGUUAGGAUAUGUCCUUUGGAGGCAGAACUUCAACGCAACAAAGGUGGGUGGGGCUGCUGAAACUUCUUUUUCAGAUACGCCACUCCAGUAACGGUUUUGUUUUGGUUUCUUUUUCCUGUCGCAAUAAGGAUAAAGAGCGAUGGAGUUAUUUGUCUUGCUUCUCUUUUGCCAUGGUUUAUUUGCUGUGAAACACUCAGUGAUCCAUUUCCUCGCUAGAGUUCCAGAUGUCUCAGAGUUUUUUAGUAGAUCAGUGAUUGAUGGCAGUGAAGUGAUUUCCUGUGACAGCAGCAAGAAGAUAGUAGAAAUAAGACAUGACUGGCUGAAGAAAAUACUGGAUAACAACCCUACACUUUCAGAAUCAUUCACUCAACAGUGUUUUGUGAUUGUACCAAACUUCUUCAGAGACCUGGCCUUUAGUUUGGAACAACAGUUUAACCAAAGUGACGGUGUCCAUAUUUUACAGAGUAUAAGUGGCUGUGAAUGGGAUGAAAACACUAAUGAGGUGAAUAGCUUCUUUAAGUAUGGUUAUAAUGGAGAAGAUUUCCUUAAACUUGAUCUGAAGACCCUGACAUGGAACACACUGAAACCAGAGGCUGACAUUAUCAGACAGAGAUGGAAUGCUGAUACUGCUAGAAUGAAAAACAAUGAAAACAUCCUCACUCACAUUUGUCCAGAGCGGCUGAAGAUCUUUGUGGAAGCUGGAAAAAGUUCCUUGCAGAGAACAGGUAGAGUCAUAUUAUCUCAUGCUUUUUCCAGGUUGUAA